GACUAACAAAAGAAUCCAUCAGACGUCUUGUUUCCAUCACAAAAUCUCACUGGCGUUCCAGUGUACGACCCUGAACAAGAAGCAAAACUCAGUUGAGGCAGGAAACUUGUACAUGUACGGUACUUGCAACAAGAUGUACAGUACAUGGGUACAGUGUACGCACAUAUUUUUGUCUAGUAGGAUGGUGAGAUUCAUAUUGUAAUGAGAUGUGGGUGUGGUGGUGAGGCAUUUUGAGGUGAUCCGCUGGUGCAUUGAACAUGUUGAAUGAAGCUUUUCUCUAUGAAUGACAAUGUCUCUGUCCAGGACAGAGUACACAAUGCCCUGAGGGAUGCCUCAAAAGCCCAUUCUGGCAAUGUUUGUUUGCCAAGUUUCUGACUCCAGUCGAAUACAAGUGUACGCCUAACUUGAGAUGGCUACAAAGCUUACACUCACACACUCUCAAAGACAGCUUUUAGAUUACUCGAACGUCAUUGUACUGUACAUGUACGGUACGUUGUAUCUUGUAAAAGACAGGCCUGUAAAGGUUAUGCUGAUCCACUGAACUGUUUUAUUGAACUGAACAUUUUACUGAACGCAGCCAGAAGAUGGGCGUACAGAAAGUCUGCUGUAUUGGAGCAGGGUACGUCGGUGGGCCCACCUGCUCAGUAAUUGCCUACAAGUGCCCAGACAUCAAGGUCACCGUGGUUGACCUGAGUCAGGAGCGUGUUGACCAGUGGAACUCCAAAGAUUUCAAUCUUCCAAUAUACGAGCCCACGCUGAAGGAAGUUGUGCAGAAGUGUCGAGGCACCAACCUCUUCUUCUCAACUGACAUUGACAGUGCCAUUCAAGAGGCAGAUCUCAUCUUCAUUUCGGUCAACACGCCGACAAAGACGUUUGGCAUAGGCAAGGGACGAGCACCAGAUCUCAAAUACAUAGAGGCCGCAGCCAGACGAAUCGCCAGAAUCACCACGACGGGCAACAAGAUUGUCGUGGAGAAAAGCACGGUACCGGUCAAGGCGGCGGAGAGCAUACAGUGCAUCCUUCAAGCCAACAAGAAAGCAGGCUGCACAUUCCAGGUGCUGUCCAAUCCAGAGUUUCUGGCCGAAGGCACAGCCGUCAAGGACCUCUUCAACCCAGACCGGGUGCUGAUUGGUGGUGAGGAGUCCAAGCUGGGGCGCCAGGCUAUGAAAGAGCUGGCCGGUGUCUAUGAACACUGGAUUACGAAAGAAAGGAUCAUUCUCACCAAUACCUGGUCAUCAGAACUUUCCAAACUGGCUGCCAACGCCUUCCUAGCUCAGCGCAUCUCGAGCAUCAAUGCCAUGAGUGCAAUCUGUGAAGUCACGGGGGCCGAUGUAUCUGAGGUCGCCCACGCCGUGGGCACAGACUCCCGCAUAGGACCGAAGUUCCUGCAAGCUAGUCUAGGAUUCGGUGGGAGUUGCUUCCAGAAGGACGUACUGAAUUUAGUGUACUUAUGCGACGCUCUGAAUCUACCUCAAGUGGCUGCCUAUUGGCACCAGGUAAUAGCCAUGAAUGACUACCAGCGACGGCGGUUUGCCAGCAAGAUCAUUAACUGCUUGUUCAACACAGUGACCGACAAGAAAAUAGCAAUCUUGGGGUUUGCCUUCAAGAAGGACACGGGGGACACUCGGGAAUCCUCCAGUAUAUAUAUCUCUAAAUACCUGAUGGAAGAGGGCGCCAGACUCAACAUCUAUGACCCACAGGUUGUUCCCAAACAGAUCAUGAGUGAGCUGAAGCAUCCAAGCAUCUGUGAUGACCCAGACAAAGUGGAUCGCCUUGUGACUAUAUUCGACAAUCCCUAUGAGGCCAUCAAAGGAACCCACGCCUUUGCUGUAUGUACUGAAUGGGACGAAUUUAAGGCCAUGGACUACCAGUUGGUCUACGACAGCAUGCUCAAGCCAGCCUUUGCCUUUGACGGCCGACGGAUCCUGGACCACAACUUUCUACUGGAGCUUGGAUUCCACAUUGAGACAGUGGGCAAGAAGACAAUGGUCAAUGGCAUGAAUGGCUAUCUUUAAAGAGCACAGGCCGCGCGAACGUUUCUGACGUGCCACACUUCCAUGCUGCAUGUUGCCAGUAGUGAUCAAAAGUAGCACAGGACCUCACUAAACUGCUUGAAGAAUAUUUUUGCUCUUCCGGGAAUAAGGAUUUAUACGCUGUGUUUUCGUGGCUACUUUUUGUACUCUCACUCGGACCAACUUUUACAUUAGCUGCUCGAUACAACUGUUUGCUGAGCAAAUGUAAUACCUGCUCAGCAGGACCAGGUUACCAGCCAAGGUGUUGCAUGCAAUCUAUAUUGCUGUUGACUGGUUCAACACAGAUUUCAGCUCAGCAUGGAAUUUUGCAAAGCAAAGUUUGUUUGCUCAGCAGCUCUGUGAAAUUGGGCCCUGCUUGCUGUUACAGAGAGUGGCUUUCACAUUAGUCAUAGCAUUCCAUUCAGUGUUUUACCUGCAUUAAAAACUGUACAUGACAUCAUUACCAAGUGUUUUAUGUACACGUAUAUUGGCAACAGUCUAGUCAGGCCAAAAGUUGUCUUGUGCCCUGUAUUCAUAAUGACUAUUAAAAGUGUUAUUAAACCAAGGUGGUAGUGAAUUUUUCAUUGCAUCAGUAAACCUUUUGAAGGUUUGGCAUACACUUGAUGUACUUUACUGCUUUAACGACCAAAUCGUUCUUGCUACCUUGACCAGAAACAUGUUUCACUGGUUGAGUGUUUUUGGGGUUGCAGUCGUGCCUGCGUGACAUCAUCGUUCCACUAAAAUGCAAAUCGAGUACUGGAGUUGUUUCACCACUGGUCCAAAAUAGCAGAAGAUUAGAACGUAAUUUAUCGUCUCAAAAAAUAAGAGAAUUGUGUGCCCCCAAACUUUGUCGCCGCACACAGCAAACCAAACGCGCUACUUUCUACUGGUAUGUGCAAGAGAGAGCAGCGAUCAUUAGAAACUUGCCAGUUAUUGAGUGAAAAUUAUGUUUGUGAAGAAUGUUCCCUGUUAUAUCCUUUUGGUGGGCCAUCGGAAACAUAUCUGUGGUUGUUGCUUUGAUGCCAUACGUUCUGGUUGGGGUCACCAAAGUACACCCCCGUUCACUAAAACAUUAGGGAGAAACAUGAUACGUAUAAGAAUGCUCAUUGUGUGCUGUAAAGUCUCGGAUAGUUUUGCACACCCUUGAGGUACUGUGCUGCUUGUAAAAAAAAUGGAUAAAGCGGCAGUCAAAAAGAUGAAACGACAGGUGUGUGACAUGAUGCUGUAAGCAGUAAAGUGUGUGACAGGUUUCUCAUUGGCGAAAAAAGUGUCCCGAGCCACUUGAAGCAAAAUGAAUCAAGGAGUUGAAUCAAAGGUGGAAAAAGCAAUGCUAUUUGAUAUUAAUCAUGUGAAGGAUGGCUCUGCCAUUGGACAUUGAUUAAUUCCAGAACUGGUCAUCGAGUUGCUUCCUUCCCGAUUGGGUUCCCUUUGUUAUAAUUGGGGCCAGAAAUGAUUGAAACAGACAAGAGAAUAUGGUUUGCAAAGAGAAAUUGGUAGGAAGAGCUCAGUUUACCCAAUAUUUUGGGUCUAUUUCUUUGGGUUUGUUUUACAUAUCAAUCUGUUUUGGCUGGCAGUGGCCAGCUUGUCUGUUGUGUAUGUUUAUUUUAAUUUUGGGGAGUUUUAUUCUAAUUAGCCUACGAAUAUCAUUAAAACAUUUACAGAAAAUAAUGGUAGAGUUUGGAACUUGUGGAAGUGAAUGUAUAUGUACAUGUAGUAUCAACUAUUUUAUGUGUUGAAUACAGUUAUUUCAAAAGAAGUGCCUUCCAUAAGUGACAUUCUGUAUUUUUUACUGAGUAAGCUAAAAUCUUAAAUGUCAGUAAGCUUUGUUUAAUAUUUUUCAAAUAGUUCCUUUUUACUGAUGAGUGUCUUUGUUGCAAGUUGUGGGAAGAGAAAAUAAGGCUUCUUUUAUUUGUAUGAUGCCCAAAUGGUACUUGUUUCAUUAUUGCUUCAUAAUAGAAACAAAAUAGAUCUUUUGUAGAAGACCGACUAACAUUUACUCCAUUAGAAGUGAGCUUAAAGAUGUAACUGUGAAUGUGUUCAUUUUGUCUUCAGUCUCAUGCACUUGCUUGCAGUAACAAAGCAAAACCAAAGGAGCUAAAAACCUACAAACAAAUCUAUCACAUACAAUUAACUUUCUGCAUACAAUUUGCAAUAUUUUCUCACGCAAAUAAGUUGUUUACCUGCCUCUGUAUGAGUAGUGUAUAUUUUGAAAUCUUAAAAUUCAUAUAGAAAAUGUGUUCUUUACUAAACAUAUGAAUAUAUAAUGUACAUGUAUUCUUCCAUUCCAUAACUGUAUAAAGUAAGGCAUGGAACAUUGCUGUAGAAA